AUGAGGAACCAGAGAAGCUCCUGUCUUCCUGUCCACUCGUCCACCUGUCUACCUGUCCACUCAUCCUCCUGUCUACCUGUCCACCUGUCUACCUGUCCACUCGUCCACCUGUCUACCUGUCCACCUAUCUUCCUGUCCACUCGUCCACCUGUCUACCUGUCCACUCACCCUCCUGUCUACCUGUCCACCUGUCUUCCUGUCCACUCGUCCUCCUGUCUACCUGUCCACCUGUCUUCCUGUCCACCUGUCCACUCGUCCUCCUGUCUUCCUGUCCACUCAUCCUCCUGUCUACCUGUCCACCUGUCUUCCUGUCCACUCAUCCACCUGUCUGCCUGUCCACUCAUCCUGCUGUCUACCUGUCCACCUGUCUUCCUGUCCACUCAUCCUCCUGUCUACCUGUCCACCUGUCUUCCUGUCUACUCAUCCACCUGUCUACCUGUCCACCUGUCUACCUGUUCACUCAUCCUCCUGUCUACCUGUCCACCUGUCUUCCUGUCCACUCAUCCUCCUGUCUACCUGUCCACCUGUCUACCUGUCCACUCGUCCUCCUGUCUACCUGUCCACCUGUCUUCCUGCCCACUCGUCCACCUGUCUACCUGUCCACUCGUCCUCCUGUCCACUCGUCCACCUGUCUGCCUGUCCACUCAUCCUCCUGUCUGCCUGUCCACUCGUCCACCUGUCUACCUGUCCACCUGUCUUCCUGUCCACUCAUCCUGCUGUCUACCUGUCCACCUGUCUUCCCGACCAGUCAUCCUCCUGUCCACUCGUCCACCUGUCUUCCUGUCCACCUGUCUUCCUGUCCACUCAUCCUCCUGUCUACCUGUCCACCUGUCUUCCCGACCAGUCAUCCUCCUGUCCACUCAUCCUCCUGUCAACCUGUCCACCUGUCUACCUGUCAACUCGUCCUCCUGUCUUCCUAUCAAGAUGGUGGUUCAUGGUCUCAGAGUUCUUCUGGUCGGUGGUCUGUCCAGGUGUUAUGACCUGAUCCAGUUGAAGGAACCUCCAGAUGUUCUCUCAGCUUCCUGCUCCACGGACUCACCUUCAGGUGGAUUUGAAGGUUUUACCUGA